GCGGCGGGGCUGGGUCCGGUCUGGGUGAAGAGUCCGGUCGAAACCUGGGCCUGCGAUCCCCGACUCGGUUUUGCCCGCUGCCCGGAGCGGUCGAAGCGCAGCUGCCCGACUCGCCCCCGCGGCCCUCGGAGUGCCCAGAGCCCGCGGUCCUUGGCGUUGAGCUCAGCGGCGUCCGACCCCGGCGCGUCUCUGGCCGCCAUGGCCGCCGCCGCGGGCCUGCGGGCCUUGGGGGCGAAGGGGUCGGGCUGGCUCCGGCGCGGCCCGUGGCCUCUGCUCACCGCCGGCUUCUGCAGCGGGGGACCGGCCGGGAUCGGGCGGCCGGAGCCGGGGUCGCGCCCCACUAGCACGCGGCAGCGGGACGGCAUCAGGAGCAUUGUCUUGAGCGAUCCAAAGAGAAGAAACGCACUGUCACUGGCGAUGCUGAGAUCUCUCCAAAACGACAUUCUUCAUGAAGCCGAAAGCCAAGAUCUGAAGGUCAUUAUUAUUUCAGCUGAGGGCCCUGUAUUUUCUUCUGGGCAUGACUUAAAGGAACUGACGGAUGAGCACGGCCCAGAUUAUCACGCUGAAGUGUUCCGAACCUGUUCCGAGGUCAUGGUGCUGAUCCAGAACCACCCGGUCCCCGUCAUUGCCAUGGUGAACGGCCUGGCCUCUGCCGCCGGGUGUCAGCUGGUUGCCAGCUGUGACAUUGCCGUGGCGAGUGACAAGUCCUCCUUUGCCGCGCCGGGCGUGAACAUCGGGCUCUUCUGCUCCACCCCCGGGGUGGCCCUGGGGAGAGCGGUGCCGAGAAAGGUGGCCUUGGAGAUGCUCUUCACCGGGGAGCCCAUCUCUGCGCGGGAGGCCCUGCUCCACGGGCUGCUGAGCAGGGUGGUGCCGGAGGAGCGGCUGGAGGAGGAGACCCUGAGGAUCGCGAGGAAGGUGGCCUCGCUGAGCCGGCCCGUGCUGUCGCUGGGCAAAGCCGCCUUCUACAGGCAGCUGGCUCAGGACCUCAGGACCGCCUACCACCUCACCUCCCAGACCAUGGUGGACAACCUGGGCCUGCCGGAUGGCCAGGAGGGGGUCAAGGCCUUCCUCCAGAAGAGGAAGCCCGUCUGGUCACACUGAGCGGCCUCAUCAGAGGAACCGGGGGCCGCGAGCCCAGCGGGCAGCGCUCAGGGCUCCCCCCGACCGGCCCCACCCGUGACCUUCCGACCCCCAGACACCACCGCUGCCUCGUGACUGUAGCAGAGCCAGCUUGCUUUUCCAGCAUCAGUCACGUCUCAGUGCACGGGGUCUGGGUUACGAGCCAGCGCUCCCUGGGGAAGGGGUGACCUGGAGGGUCGGGUGCUAACGUGAGCGGAAGGGCUGUGAGCACACAAGAAAGCCCGUGUGUGAUGCUCCUUCCCAGAACCUUAGGGGAGGGGAUGCCCCCACCAGGGGAGAAGGUGAAGAUAAAACUGAGGCGAGAAGGAAGGAUUUCAGCCCGACUCUGUGACCGGAAAGGGCCCCCAAGGUGGAGGUGGUGCCGGUUGCCCACGACGGGAAACAUUUCAGAUCUCCACGAGGUACUCUCCACUCUGGAAAUCUUCUUGAUUCUAUUGAGAAAUAAUCAUGCUUCUGGCUUUGGGGUAAUCUUAUGGGAUCUUUUAAAGAUUACCUAUUCAGAGAGACUGGUAAUUUUAACUUCCCAACCAGACUGUAAGCUGGUUGAGAGAAGAAAAUCAAUGAACUCUUUGAUGCCUGUGCUGAUGGACGUCUAGUAGGUGCCUGGUGCUUCUGUAAUGAAGGUCCCUGCCACCAGGAUACUGGGAACCCGGACCCUGGGCUAAACCUGAGGAUAAAAGCAUCAGGGAGAGAAAGGAGGGACGCAGAACACACAUUCUCCCCCCAUGAAGAAUCACCUCCUCUGGAAACAUGUCCAAACUCUGCUCAGCUUCUGGUAGAGAAUCCAGACUAGCAUCAAGCAUUUGAGUUCCCCAGAGGUGGUUUAGGACCUAAACAUCUUACUUUCUGGCUUCUGGUCCAGUUAGGCCCCAGAAAUGUCCUAGACCUCUCAUCCGCCAGCUCACACCUGGGGCUGAUCAUUUUUUUUAAGGCCAAUUUUUUUUUACCUAUGAGUAGAGUGGCCGUAAAUGUAAUUAGUACCAAAGACAGACACCCGUGAGGCUCUACCCAGUGGUUCUCAUUCUAAUCACGGGGGCAAGCAGCCCCUGGAAGGGAGGUCCCCUAGUGGGUUUCUAUUGAGAUUGGCCUUUUUUUUUUCUUUGCCAGAGUUUAGAAAGGUGAAAAAGAGUGUUUUCUUGGAGGGCUUCCCUGGUGGCGCAGUGGUUAAGAAUCCACCUGCCAGUGCAGGGGACACGGGUUCAAGCUCUGGUCGGGGAAGA